AUGUCAACAGUUUUAUUUAUAAAUUGUCAUACUUCCACUAGUGGUAGAUAUAUAAAAAUCAAUAGCAAUAACAAUAAUAAUAGUGAUAACCUUAACAACAGCAAUAAUGGUAACAAUAAUAAAUCAAAUAAUAAUAGUCAACCAUCUCAAUCACAACAACCAAUAAUGUCGCCAAAAAAGAAUAUACUCCAAAAAUAUAAUGAUGAUAUGGAUGAUUUAGUAAUUAAAGCAUAUUCAACAAGAUUAAUGUUGACAUGGGUCUAUAAUAAUUCCAAUCCACCAAUUUUAUCCGCUAUCCCAAAAUUAAGAGUUAUACCUGGCGCAUCAAUUUCAAAAGAAUAUAUCAAUUGUACAUUAUCACCAAAAUUCUCAUCAUUUUCAGACAUUGAAGGUUAUGUUAAAGAAAUCUACGAUCUUUGGGAAUGUGUUAUAACUUUCUUUUAUACUCAACAUUGUAAACGUUCAAAAGCCUACUAUGCCAACGUUCAAAAAUCUACCAAUUCAGAGUCCGAACAAUCGAUCAGACAAACCUUAAAAUAUUUAAUAAUCAGUUCAAUUUAUUAUGCUGACAUUUUUUAUAGAAAAUCAACAACUAAAAACUUUUCAAUUUUAGAUAUAAUCAUAACAAGUAUUAAUUUAACAAUUAAAAUGUGGUUGGAAGAAAAAAUGUCAGUUAAUAAGUACCUAUCAGAGAUAUUUGGAGUAUCUUUGAGUAAUGUAAAUAGUUUAGAAAAAUACUUUUUAAAUUUAAUUGAUUAUCAACUAUAUCUUCACGAAAAAGAUGUUCAAGCAUUUUCCGAUAUUAUUCAUAGAUCAUAUUUAAAUAGAAACAGUCAAAAUAAUAAUAACAAUAAUAGCAAUGAUAUCAAUAACACUAUUAAUUCAAAUAUUAAAAACAAAAUACAAGUUUCAAAAUCAUGUGAAAUUGAAUGCGCAAAUAAACAACAACCAGUUAUUAUUAAUAAUAAUAAUAAUAUACUAGUUAAUUGUGAUAGUGUAAAUAGUUCACCCUUACCAACCUCAUCAAACAAUAAUGGUAAUACUAUUGGUCAAUCUUAUCAUCAAUACUGUGGUGUAAGUGAAUCAUCGUCCUCAUCAUCACCUUCUGCUUCAUCAUCUUUAUCAUCACUUUCUUCCUCAUCAACCUCCUCUCCUUUAGCCUCUGUAUUAGUAGUUCCAUCAUCACCAAUUAAAAGUUUUGGUCACCAAUCUCCAUCAUGUUCCACAAGAAUUUCAUCCACACCAAAUAGUUCGUCCUCAAACUCACUACAUCUUAACCUCCAUCAUCACCAAAUUCAUCUAUCUAGUGGAGGUAGUCCCUCUGUUAUUUCCCCAAAGAAGAGAUAUCUUUCAAUCUCAAGAUCUCAAUCAUCCUCGAUGACAAAUACUCCAAUUGCCACUAGCUCACCUUCAACUUGUACAGUACCAAACUCAAUUCACCACGACGACUAUCAAGACCAAUCCAGAAAAAGAAUUAAGGCCAUUAUUCAGUAA